UGAGUUAUCAAACGGUUCAACAACCGCCAUUUUUGAAUCAAAUUCCAUGUUCGAAUGUCAAAGAGCCUGAUUUUGCACUGUUUUCCUACAAAAUCAAAUAUUUUAGGACUCCACCAAUGUCAUUGAGAGAAAUCGGAACACUUUAGCUCACCAAUCAGAGAGAUCUAGAGGGUUAAAAUCUUUCUUGAAACCAAAUGGCGGACGAAUAUUCAAUAGAUUCCACCGAAGUCCAAGACUCUUCACGUGUUGCAUCUGUCAGUUUGGAGACAAGAGUUUGUGUGGUUGGCCGGAAGAAUUUUGAAAAUGAAGAGCUAAUGCAAGCAUUAAAGAGCCUGAAACAUAAAGUUACAACAUCAGAAAAUGGCACUGAAAUGCUAUCCAGUGGCGAUGACCAAGUGGAAACUGUGUUUAUCUGUGACCCAUUUGAAGGCGAGGACUUUACAAAAUUACGGAAAGAAGAGCAACGAAUCAUUGGUCCCCCUGUGGUGUUCAAUUGCGCAAGGCAGAACCAGCCCCUCCCUUAUAACUCUAGACCACUCUUUUGCAAUGUUAUGUCUGGUCAUAUAGUCUGCUUUACUGGCUUUAAGAAGAAGGAAGAACUUGGACAUUUGUGCAACCUUGUCCAUCACAUGGGUGGGAGUAUCCGAGGUGAAUUGAGUGGACGGGUAACACAUCUGGUGGCAAGCACAGUACAUGGACACAAAUAUGGAGCUGCCGUCAGCUUAGGAAAGCCUAUAAUGACCUCUGAUUGGAUCAAGGAUUGUUGGGCGCGGCGUAAUGAUAUUGAUCCUGCUGCAGCAGAUGUGGAUAUGGGAAAGUUCCGUAUGGCGCCAUUCCACGGACUUGUGUUGAGUUUCUUUGGUUUCUCUGAUGAUGAAAAACAGCAUAUGGAGGAGUCGACUGAACAGCAAGGUGGUCAGUUUGAGGAGGCCGACAAUGAGAGGUGCACCCAUGUGGUUGUUGAAGAUGGUGUCAAGGAGCUUCCUAGUGGACUGGUGGACGAGAAAAGAUGCUUUGUAGUUAAGCAAGAGUGGUUCUGGGCCAGCAUUCAUAUGGAUGGGUGUGCUGAUGAAACUCUUUACACUUUCACUGCAACGCUUCCAGACAUGAUGGCCCAACAAAGAACUCCAAUCAACUCAGGACGAAAACGCAAACGGCGAAAGCUAAAAGAGUCUGAUCUGAGCGAUCUGUUGUCCCCAGACUCUCCUCUUUUUCGGAACAAGAGGAAGAGCGGGGACUUGCUCUCGGCCUCAGGCUACCUCGACUCACUCGUCUCACCAAACACGCCCAACACAAGGAGCGACACACCCAGCGGGACCAUUAGCCCUCAGGCCACACCCAAACCUGUACCCCCAAAACCUUUGUCUGCGCGACAACAGGUGGUGAUGGAGCUUCUUCAGACGGAGACUAAUUACGUGGGCAUACUUUCCACUAUCCUCAAGGUUUUUAAGGAGCCCUUAGAAACUGAUCCACGUGGCCCUAUCAUACCUCAGGAGGACAUCAAGACCAUAUUUGGAAGUGUCCCGGACAUCCUCGAUGUGCAUACCAAGAUGAUGCACGAGUUGGAGACAAUCUUGGCUAAUUGGACAGAAGACAAGUGCAUAGGAAAUGUCAUCUUAAAACAUGCGGAUGUUCUUGGCAAGGUGUACCCCCCUUUCGUGAACUACUUCGAGAUCAGCAAGGAGACGGUUCUACGCUGUGACAAGGAGAGCCCUAGAUUCCAUGCCUUCCUCAGGGCGUGCCUUAGUAGACCUGAGUGUGGGCGUCAAACACUUGUUGAGCUGUUAAUCAGACCUGUUCAGCGAUUACCCAGCAUGAAUCUUCUGCUGUCAGACAUAAUCAAACGCACAGAUAAGAAGUUUGCAGACAAAGUUGCGUUGGAGAAAGCUGCAGACGCUUUAAAGAACGUCCUGACGCACAUAAAUGAGAACAAGCGCAAAACAGACGGUCAGGUGCAGAUGUUCGAGAUUCUACGCGAUGUUGACGGUUGCCCGGCAUAUGUGCUAUCCUCUCACCGAAGUUAUGUGACCAAGGCUGACACGUUCGAGCUGAGCGAUGGGCUGGUUGGCAAGGGCGAGCCUGUUACAAUCUUCCUUUUCAACGACAGUCUAGAGAUGACAAAACGCCGUGGUCUGAAAAUGAACCUUCCGAUGAAAAGCCCGGCAGCGCGCACACCACAGAAAGCGUACAAGCACGUGUUGUUCAUUCCUCUAGCCCACGUGAAGAGAGUGGUCAACAUCAGGGAUAAUGAAGAUUGCCAGAACUUGUUUGGACUGAUCUACCGCUGCCCCAACGACAUGAAGGAGAAACUCCUGAUGUUCCGCCUUAUCUGCGACGACAUCACCAAGGACGAGUGGCUCCAUAAGCUAACUUCUGGACUGGCCAACGCCACAUGUACUACCGAUAUGGAGAAUUUUGUGACCACAGUAGACCCUCAAGAGCUGAUGUUGAGUAAAAGUGAUUUGUCAACGGGAACCCUCAGCAGAGCAGUGAGGGUUGCUAAGCGAACCACAAGAAAGGUCAGCCGAGCCUUAUCCAUGAACAAAACACCCAGCAAGAAAGCUGGCCUGCUACGACGAUCAUCUUCAAACGUAACACUAAGUCGAGUUCCAUCACAACCUGUGGGCGCCAGUCCACUCGUCACUUCUUCUCGACACAACCAGAACCUACCGAUUGGGGUCCGGGGCCGAGCCUUCAGCGUGUGUGAAGGACUGGAUUCUCCUUUCGUCGACGUUGACAUGAAAGUCCGUCGAUCCAUGUCUAUUAGUGAGGAGGUCUGAACCAAUCAGAGGUCGUAAAUUCUCUACGUUCUCUUGUACUCUUUAAUACAAAGGAUAGCUCGUUACAAACUUGUUGAAUUUAUAUGAAAUUAACGUGUAUAGCACUUGAUGGAGUAGAACAGAGACCCCAGAAUCGCUAUGGGGCUUUGGUUAUGUUAGCACUAUGAAUCAGAUAUAAAAGUAAUAAGGAUACAUUGGUUGUUUAAUCGCUCAAUACGUUUAGUAAGGCUAUUGACAGAUGAAAAUCCCAAAUUGACCAAAUUGCUGAAAAUGGAAAUAGAGUUAGAAGCAUUUUUAAGAUAUAAAACUCAACAUAACACAAACAGCUACAGGUUAUUUUUAUAGACUUCGAAAGAUUUAUAUCAGUAUCAAGUAAAAAGCUUUUUUGUUAUAUGAGUUAAAGGUAUUUAUUUUCUUUGAAUUAUAUUGUGUUUUGUCGAUGAUUUUUUCUUCUGGUGUUUUAGUGAUUUAAUCAAAUGUAUUUAACGUUAAUGAGAUGACAAUCAAUACGAAAGUUUGCAAAAAUACUAGCCUUAUUCAUAUUCUACAGAUAGGAAAGGUAAGAAUAGUACGAAAUUUUUUUUUUCUAUGCAUCUGUUAAUAUUUCUAUUUAGUAAUAAAUAAUUUUAAUCGUUUACUUUCAAUUGCUGCAUCUGUCCGAGGCCCAAUUUAAAGCGAUGCCGAUCAAAUUUGUGACCGCACAAACAUUCGUACAGUAAAUGGUGUUACACGAAACCGUGCGAGUUUUUCACUCAGCUCACAUGGUUCUCGUAUAGCUGUCUCUUUUUUAACCCAGCAAGAGGGGUCCCGUGUAAACGGAACGCGUAACCGUACGAAGUUCUGAGCGGGCGAAAAUUCGACCGGUACCGUGUAAAAACGGCCUGACCUUAGCUACCAUUGGCUCAAUUGGUGGUACGUGAUUUAGAGCCCAUUGGUGCGUGUCGUGAGCUCUCAACCAAUAAGAGGAAUUAAAGAGCAAGUAGGAAGAAACUAAAUAAAGAUGCAUUGUUGCAGCGGAAGCUUGAUGUGAUUACAUGACAUGGAAUAAAAUCCCCAAGAAAAUUUACUUUUCCGUUCUCGUUAACCAAAAGCUUAAUCGUAAUACAGAGAUUGUCGUCAUAUCGAGGUUCCGCUGUGUCCGCCUUUCACUGUCUUAUUUGUAAAUAAUUUAAAGAUAUGAAUGUAGAUUAAAAACGACUUCGAUUUGUA